AUGGAGAGUCACUGCCAAAUUGAAGCCAUCCUGACCUCAGCCAGCGGGAUGAUUGCCAGCCUCAGCAGGACGACUGUUGGCAGCGGGAUGGUCACCGACAGUGGGGCGACUGGUGGUGGUGGGGCGACCGGCAGUGGUGGCCGGAUGACUGGCGGCGGUGAGGUAACCGGUGGCAGCCAGAUGACCAGCGGCAGGGUGACUGGCGGUGGUGGGGAGACUGGUGGCGGCCGGACGACUGGCAGUUGUGGGGCGACCGGCAGUGGCCGGACGACUGGCAGCGGGGUGACUGGCAGUGGUGGGGCGACCGGUGGCGGCCAGACGACUGGCGGCGGGGUGACUAGCAGUGGUGGGGAGACUGGCGGCGGCCGGAUGACUGGCGGCAGCAGUUGGAUGACCAGCGGCGGCUGGACAACCGGUGGCGGUGGGGCGACCGGCAGCCGCAGCAAGACGAGGAGCCGGCCUGGCAAAUGA